CGUCUCUUCUAUCAGUCCACACGUCUUUUAGCUUCAUUGUUUUUGACUUCCUAAAUUUUKUCCUAAAAAAAAGGUUUUACAGAGUGAAAAUUUAAAAAAAAAAGAUUAUUUUAUAAAAAAAAGAUCUUGUAGCUGUGAGCUACAUCGCUGUAUCAGUUUUCCCGCUCCAACAGUCGAGAAGAGUUUAUUGUUUCGUGAGUUAGAAMAGAAGGAAGAACAAUAUGAGCAAGCAAUUCGAGGAAAUAUCGAAAGAAAGAAAGCUUAAAGCCCUCCAAGAAGGACAGUUUUACUUCUUCGCUAAUUUAAAGCGAGUUAUCGAAGAAUUAUUAGAGGUAUGUCAAUCGCUACGUCAAAAUGCAAGCUGCAUUCAAGCCUUGAUUCAACAAGGAGAGCWCUCUUUACAAAGCAUCAAUAAACUGGUUGUGACGUGUGAUUACUUGGAGGCAAGAAUUCAAGAUGAUAUGAACAAACUAGUCCAGUUUAUGCGUCAUAUGAUUAUAAUGUUUGAUCAAGUGAUGAUCGUGAUGGAGGACAAUGUAAGACAAGAGUUCUUGGCGGUCAAAGAGAUGAUGAAUAAAGUGGUAGAACCUCGGUGUUCUUUGAGCCAAAGUACUAUGAGUUUGGUGUGGAGAAAAGCAAAAUUAGCAAGAGAACGACAAGSCUCGUUGGAUUCCUCCGUUUGAUGUCAGUCCGGGUUUAAACGGUCGUGGAAGGGAAGUUAUAUUGACCAAUAAACUAACGAAUAAACAGAACACUGCAUGUCCAAUACCAUUAGAUACUCUUGAGUACAGAGAUAUUAGAAAAUGAUCCAAAUUAAAAUGAAAAGCAAAAUGUCUUCCCGUAAUACCGUGUUUCAUCUUGCUGUCUUCAUUCUGUCUAUUGUCGUUCUUUUUCCCUCCACAAUUCACACUGAAGUCCAUUAUAAAAUGUUCGUUACGCUUGUUUG